CUUAAAAUGUUUAAUUUACAAUAGGAACAUUUUCAAAAACAUAUACCUACACCUCCCCUGCAAAUUAUCCUAUGACUACUGGUUUUUGCAAUACCAUUCCUUUUGAAGUCAAAACUUGGAAAUUUGCAAUACCAAGUUUAUAAUCAGGCCAGCCCUAAUUUAUAUCCCUAAAUACUAAUUCAGGUUAAGUUUCAAUAAGUAAUUUUGUUGUCUCAAGAAUAUUUUUUAUAUGCUAUUCAUCAUGUAGUGAAUGCACAGGUCCUUAAUUUAACCAAUGUACUAGUUGCUAUUACGGUACACCUACAAAUAACAUUUGUCCUUCUUGUCCAUCUAAUUAAUACUAUGAAAAAUACUUUGGGUGCAAAGAUAUUUGUGAUAUAGAUUAAUCAUUAUAUUCAAAAGGAUUUUGUAAUAGGUUUGAAGGUAAAAUUUUUAAUAAAAAUAUCAUAGUUAGAACAAUAAAAGCCGAAGUUGGUUAUACGGAUUCUUAAAAUAUAUAUUGGUUUGAAAUAUAUGAUCCAUAAAAUAUCGACACCUCUUCAAAAAGAAUACUUACUAAAUAAUUAUUUGGAAUUUUUAGAUUUAAUUCGGGCUUUUAUAGAUUUUUCAAAUAAAACUACUACUCUAUUGGAUACGAUUUAUUGGGAUUUAAAAUUAGAAUUGUUGCAUUUAAUGAUAUUCCAAUUAAUUGUGGAAUUAAGUUUAUGAUUAAUAAUACUUAUUACGGGUCUAUUUAUCGAAAUUAAUCUGGAAUUCAAACACAUAUAUUCAAAAUCUAUGAAACUCAGUUAACUGGUUCAUACUUAAACUAUUCAUCAAGCAAGGCUUAUGACUUAAUUACAUAUUUUGGUAUUCCAAAAUAUUCAUUUUUAUUUUCAGCAACAGGGAAUUAUACGUAAAUAUCAAUAUUAAAAUUAGUGAUAACACAGCAGGGUGGGCAAUUUCAAAUAUCAUAAUUACUUAAGGAUUUUGCCAUGAAAAUUGUAGAUGGUGUAAUGUACCAUUUAUAUGUGAGACCUGUGAUUAUGGAUACUAUAUAUAUAGAGAUGGUAGUUGUAUAUACAGUUGCUCAUCUCCAUAUUAGAAAUAAAUUGGCGCUUAUUGCUAAGAUUAUGAUGAUGAAACACCUUGUAUCAUAUAAUAUUAUAUGUAGACUCUUAAUAUUUAGUUGAAGAAUAUCAUAAUGUAGCAGGCGACCCAGAAUAAUUUUCAUAAUAUACUUUAAUGUCUUAAAGUGGAUCAAACUUUUUAAAAGGUUUAGAUAUCUAUUAUUCAUUUUGUAAUGGAAUUAGAGUCUUUGGAGGACCUUUUGUAUGGGCUUAAGCUAAAUUCUAAAGGGUUCAUAAUAUAAUCAAUCCACAUCACAGUAUUACUAUUGCAUUUUAUAUUUUAUAUGGACCAUCAUUCCCUUCAGAUGGACAAUUUAUAUAUACAAUUGAAAAUAAUACACCAGUCUCUAAAUCAACUGCAAGUUAUUAUUCAACUUAUUAUGAAGGUUAGAAAUACGAUAAAAUAUAUGAAAAAAUCCUUCAUAAUACAAAUACAUUAACAAUAACUUGGGAAUGCUUUGGACCAAAUAAUGAACCAAUCAAGGCAUACUGUGGAUACUAUAAUUAUUACAUUGCUGUUCAUAAUUGCUAACCUUAUUGCUUAUAAUGUUCAGAUUAAUCUACAUGUACUCAAUGGAACAACACAUAUGAUUCUAAUAUCGUUAAAUUUUCUUAAGCGGAAUGUUUGAGUAAUCAAUAUUAUGAUAAAGAAUCCUUAAGCUGUUUAACUUGUCCAUCAUCUUGUUUAACUUGCACAUCUAAACUUAAUUGUUAAACAUGUUAAUCAACAUAUACAUAAUCUAAAUUAAGAUGUACUUGCACUAUACAUUAAUAUGAAGAUUCAAAUUAAUGUUUUGAUUGUCCUAUUGAAUGCAAUUAAUGUUUAACUUCUACUAAUUGUAUAGAAUGCUUAACUACUAAUAAUAGACAAUUAUCCAAUGGGUAAUGUAUUUGUAUUGAUGGAUAUUAUCCUAUUGUGUCAAAUGCUUAAUGUUAAUUAUGCCAUUAAUUUUGUAAAACUUGCACUGGAGCAACAUCUGAUGAAUGUUUAACAUGCAAUGAUAUUGUUAAUAUUGAAAAGGUAGGAUCAACUUGUAGAUGUCCAGCAGGCAAGUCUUAUUAAUAUACAACAAAAACUUGUUCAUCUUGUCAUUUAUCGUGCUAAACUUGCUUUAGAACCACAAUUGAUGGUUGUUUAACAUGUGAUUCUACUGUAAAUAGAUUAUUAAAAGGGUUAAAAUGUGUUUGUGCACCUGGUUAUUAUGAAUUAAGUAAUGUUUGUACAAGUAUAUUUAAUAAUCAUAUUAUAGGUUGUCCAAUUACAGAAACAACCUCUCUUAGCUAAUGUUAUAAAUUAUGUAAUAAUAAUUAAUUGAUUUGGCAUACUGUUACUUGUAGUUCUUGUGAUACUGGAUUUCAAUUGGUGUCUGGAGAAUGUCAACCUAUUUGUGGAGAUUUAUAAAUUAAAGGAUAUGAAUAAUGUGAAGACAGUAAUACACUCUUUAAUGAUUUAUGCUAUAAUUGCUAAUUUUAAUGUCCAGCUCAUUGUUUAACUUGUGAUUCAUCCACUACUUUACCUUGUCCUGAUAUUUGUGGGGAUGGAAUCAUUACAGGAGUAGAAGAAUGCGAAGAUGGGAAUACUAUUUAAUAUGAUGGAUGUUUUAAUUGUAAAUAUUAAUGUUAGCCUGCAUGUACAAAGUGUAUAAAAGGACUUUGUUUUGAGUGUGCUACUGGGGGUUGGUAUAUCGAUCCAUUAGUUACUCCUUGGUAAUGUAAAGAAAAAUGUGGAGAUGGGCUAAUUGUUGGAAGUGAAUAAUGCGAAGAUGGAAACACUUCUGAUACGGAUGGGUGCAAAGAUUGUAAGUAUUUCUGUAGAAUUGGUUGUUCUUCUUGUGAUUAUACAACCAAUACAUGCUUAAGUUGUGAAUUCCCUGGGUUUACUCCUAUCUCUUACUAUUGUAAAAAUGUAUGUGGAGAUCGCAUAGUCGUAGUCGAUCCUUAUGGAUUCUAUUCAGAGCAAUGUGAGGAUGGUAAUAUAACUAAUUAUGAUGGCUGCAGUAGCUCUUGUUACUUUUAGUGCCAACCAGCAACUAUUUGCAUAAAUUGUGUAAAUAAUAGAUGUGAAGAAUGCGCUACUGGAUAUUAACUUUCUGAUGAAAAAGUAUGUAAACCAAUUUGUGGGGAUUCUAUGAUUGUGGUUGGUGAAUAAUGUGAGAACUCAUUUAUAUUACCCUAUAAAGGUUGUAAUAAUUGCUAAGCGAGAUGUUAAACUUCUUGCCUCACUUGUAGUACUACUGGACUUGGUUGUCAAUCAUGUAAAACUGGUUACAAUAGAAUUGAUUAUUUAUGUUAUUCAAUCUGUGGAGAUAAAAUAAUAACUGAGGAUGAAUAAUGUGAUGAUGGCAAUUUAAUUAUUGGAGAUGGAUGCCAUUUCUGUCAAUUUAGUUGUUAGGACUCAUGUCUUUAUUGUCUUUAAGGAAUUUGUUACGAUUGUUAAGAAGGAUAUUAAUUAAUAUAAUCUAAAUGUUACUCUAUCUGUGGAGAUGGUCUUUAGAAAAAUAAUGAAUAAUGUGAUUAAUAGAUAUAAAUUCAAGAUAGUCUAAAAUUAAAUUAAAAUUGUGAUGCCAAUUGCAUAAGUUGUUUAGAAGGGAUAUGUGAUUUAUGUUUAUAAGGAAACUAUUUGUUCAACAAUGAAUGCAUUUCAAAUCAUAUAACAAUUAUAUAUGUUGGUAAUGAUGGUAUCAACUUAUGUGGGGAUUCUAAACUUAUGGAUAAUGAAGAAUGUGAAGAUAAUAAUAUUAAUCCUUUCUAUGGGUGCCAUAAUUGUAAAUUUUAAUGUGAUAUCAAUUGCGUUGAUUGUUAAUUUGGAAAAUGCUAGAGAUGUGUUCUUGGUUUUUUAGUAAAUACUAAUAAUUUAUGUGAGCCAGAAUGUGGAGAUGGCAUAGUGGUACCAUUUUCAAAAGAGUAAUGUGAUGAUGAUAAUGAGGGGUGUGUUAAUUGUAAAUUUAAGUGUUAAAAUUAUUGUAGUUUAUGCGAUUUACAAUAUUGUUUAAAAUGUGAAAUAGGCCUUUUUCCUUAAGAAAAUUUUUGUAUAUCUAUUUGUGGAGAUGGAAUUGUAAUUAAUGAAUAUGAAGAAUGCGAUGAUUAAAAUGAAUAACCUUUUGAUGGAUGUUAUGAAUGCAAAUUUUAAUGUACAAAAUAUUGUCAAAUAUGCAACAAAGGGGAGUGUCUUUUAUGCGAUAAUGAUUAUGCCCUAUAAAAUAAUUAAUGUUUCUUAAAUAUAGAUUAUGAUGAUCUUAAUUCUAGUAAUAACAAUACAAGUAGUUAUGGUUAAAAUCCAGAAUGGCUGUCAUUAAAUGAAAAUAUGAUAUGCAGAAAAUAGGAAUGUGUAUAUUCUAGAAAACCCAGUAUGAAACUUACUUAUAAAAUGUAAUUCUAUGCUCUUUAGUAAAUUGAGAUUACAUUUGAUUAAGAAGUCAAAUUUAGUGAUUAGGUUUAAAAAGACAAAAAUUUAUUUGACAUAAGCAUUAAGGACUUAGAUUCCAAGUAUUAUAAUAUCACGAUCAAUUCGAUUUAGGAUAUCUCAUUUGAUCUUUAACAUGCUUAGUAUUAGGUUUAAAUUGAAUUAUUUUAAUAGCUUUAAACAAAAACAAUUCUUUAAGUUUAGUUGAAUCAAGAUAUUAUUAACUCAAAUAAUUAAACACUUUUUAAUCCCAAUUAAUCAAUGACUCUAUAAACACCAAAAAUAAUGUCUGAAUAAUUAAGAUUAGUAUCUAUUUAUGCUUAAUAAUCCAAUAAAGCAUUCAUGAUUGGAGCAAUAUUAAUUUGUGUUAUUUCUUUAGUUUCUGGUGAAAGUUCUUUUGUUGUUGAAACCUUAAAUCUAUUGUAAUAUCAAUCAUUCUUAAGAUUUAUUAAUGUUGACUAUCCUGAAAACCUCUACAUAUAUUUUUAAGCAUAAGAAUUGCUAUCUAUAUCAAAUUAUUUACAACUUUUUUAAAUUGAUGAUUAUUUAAAUUUAAUAACAAGAAAAGAAAUAUAAAUUGAUCUUAAUGGAAAAUUUUAAUAAUAUAAUGUAGAAGCUGAUCUUUUUACCAAUAUUUUACCACAAUUAAUUUCAUGUUUAGUAUUGGUAACACUACUUUAUUUUGCAGAAAAUCUUUAUAAUAAACUAUUUAGAUUAAGUAAAUAUAUGAGACAUCUUUAACAUCAAAAAACACUAUUAUCAAAGAUGUUAAUUGCAAUUAUUAACUUAAUACUAAUUUUUAAAAAUUGCUUCAAAUCAUUAAUGAAAACUAAAUAUUUCUAGAAUUAUGAUUAAAUAAUACAACUUAUUUAUGUUAACUCAUGGGAUUUGAUAUUUAAAGUGAUUCUGUAACUUCAUUAUUGUAAAAUCGACAAUUUGAGAAGUAUUAUAACUACUGUUUUUGCAAGUUUAAUAUUUUUCACCUGCAUAAGUUUGUUAUUAAAAUCUUUUAGUUUAUGCAGCUAUCCUAAGAAAAAUACUGUAUUAUCAAAUCUUGAAAUAAAAUUUAUUGCCUUAGAUGUUUCCAGAGCUAUUUUCUUCCAUAGCAUAUUAAUUCUAUUCUAAGAAUAAUAAAUUUUGUAAUGCUUACUAAUAUCUAUAAGUAGUAUAGCUUAAUGUUGCAUAAUCUACAAAUAUAAAUUAUGCUCUUAAUUUGAUAGGAUCAUAUUCUUAAUAAUUGAAGGUGUUUUAACAGUAUUUAGUUUAACCUUAUUUUUAUAUUUUGAUAUUGGCGAGGUUUAUUUUUCUUAUGAGAACAAAAUUACUUUAGGAUUUAUUCAGAUGGGAUUUUUAAUUAUGUGUCUUGGAAUGAUUUUUGUAAAACAACUCUUUCCAAAAAUAUAAAAAAUUUGGAAGUUAGUUUGUAAAAAAAGGAAAAUAAAGCUUGCUAGUAGUUAAUUAUUUUCAUGA